CACACAAAUUUCCCAAAUUAAAAAAUCACAUGCAAAGUAUUACAGAACUUGAUUAAUAAUAAUGGUUUAAGCCAUGGCCAUGGUUGUGCUGAGACUGUAUUAUGUGGCUGAAUAAAAGCAUUUGCAAUAGUUCACUCCAGACCGUAAUUGUGUGGAUGGGCCUCGUGUUAGACACACUCCAGACAUGCCCCAACGCCCCUUCACUCCACCCCACAGCAUGCUCCCAGUGCACCAAAUAACUCCUGGGUUAUCAGAAAUCAUGCUGUGCUUCAGAAAGAAAACAAAAAUGUAAAGACAUGAAAGAUAGUAACACUGGCAGUGCUUCUCCAAGAUGGAGUAUUUAAUUUUUGCUGAAGGGAUUAAAUUUGAUGUGGAGUAAGUGAUGUAGCUCCUGGACAGUGUCUGAAGUGGGGAAGGACGAGCGCUCAGAGCAACAACCGUCAGGAAGACACAGUCCUGAUGGGAAACGUCCAAACAUGUCUACGUUGAGGAUGGUGCUGGUGGGAAAAACUGGAGCUGGGAAAAGUUCCUCAGGAAACACCAUCCUGGGCAGGAAAGCCUUCAGAGCUGCACAGAGUGGAUCAUCUGUAACUAAAGAGUGCUGGAAGGAGACUGAAGAGGUUGCUGGUAGGCAGCUGGAUGUGGUGGACACUCCUGGUCUUUUUGAUAUAACUUACUCAGAAAAAAUCUUUGAAAAAGAAAUCAGUAAGUGCAUUAACAUGACGGCUCCGGGACCCCAUGCCAUAAUUCUGGUUGUUCAGCCUGGUCCCUUCACCAAGGAGGAACUUCUCACAGUGGAGAAGAUUAGAGCUCUUUUUGGAGAAGACGCAGAUAAAUACACUAUGAUCCUCUUCACCCAUGCAGACCAACUAACAGGAACCAUCGAGGAACAUCUCUGUGAGGCUGGAGGGAAACUCAAACCCCUGAUUGAUGUGUUUGGAGGGAGGUAUCAUGUGUUUGACAACACAAGAAUGGAUGAUCGGGCUCAGGUUCUGGAGUUCUUGGACAAAGUGGAAAGUAUGGUGUCUGAAAAUGGGGGUGAAAACUACACCAGCGACAUGUUUCAGAAUGUGGAGGAAAAGCUGAAGGAGAAGGAGGAGGAGUUAAAGAAGCACUAUACAGAAUCAGAGAGAAAAUUAACAUCUCAAUACAGUGAGGAAAUCAGAAAAUUAAAGGAGACCAUUGAAAAGCUAAAAGAAUCAGAGCACAAAAAAGAUAAAAGGAUUGAACAGUUGAAAGAGUUAAUUAAAAAGAAGGCUAUAGAGCUGAAUGAAUACAAGAGAUUUUACAAAAUUAAGUGUAGGAAUGUGAGACUGGAGGCAGAAGAAACAGAAUUUGAUGAAAACAUACCGACAACUGUAUCUGCCAAGUUAAAAAAACUUCGCAUUUAAGGUGGAAUCCAGCCCAACUUUAAAUCCUAGUGUUUAGGUGCUGACGACAUGGCUUAAAUGAUAAAAGCACUAUUCGGAUAAAAAUGACCACAACUUCACAGGGUUUAUCAACAUUAGGUAUGACACUUUUUAAACCCAUGUACAUGUAUACACUGUAUGGCCAAAAGUAUGUGCACCCCUGACCAUCACACCCAUAUGUGCUUGUUGAACAUCUCAUUCCAGACUUUGAAAUGAAUAUUAUAAAUUCUGUUAUAAUACACUCCACUCUUCUGGGAAGACUUUCCACUAGACUUUGGGAUGUGGCCGUGGGGAUUUGUGUUCAUUCAGCUACAAGAGCGUUAGUGAGGUUGAGAUCAGGUGCUGAUGUUGAUGUGAGGAGAUCAAGUUCAUCCCAAAGGUGAUGAGUCAGUGGGGUUGAGGUCAGGGAUCUGUGCAGGACACUCGAGUUUUCUACCUUCUUCCAACUUUCACACACCACGUCUUCAUGGAGCUCACUUUGUGCACUGUUAGGUUCCACGUAUCUCAGGAAUCUCAGAUUAUGCAUAAGGGGAGUAGGCGAAGCCAUCCCAUAUAACAUUUUGCCAUAUACCCAUAAUCCCAAAACGGAUCACCUUCCCCAUCAUAAAUCAUUAGUUUGAUCUGAGCAAAUACAUGCGGCUCAAAGGAACCACGGAGUGAAAUAAUUUGAAGCUCCUGUGCGCAUGCAACUGACCAGCCGUGUACACAAUCUAAAUAUGGAACUGUAUAUAAUCCGCCUAACACAGUCUCAAUCCAGUCUCUGGGUGUCAUGCCAGGAGAUGGAAGAACCGGGCUGGACAGUGACCCUCCCAUAACUAACUUGGAAAACAACACGCACAAUAACACAAUAAUACUUAACACACAAUACUACAAUACAAAUAUAACACUCUCUUAGGCAAACCACACAGACAGUUUUGCAAAUUAUUCUACAAAUAUAAAAUGCAAUUAUUAGAUUAGGCAGGCAUAACUUUACAGAGGAUCAUAGACCAGAGUAUAGAUUAUCGGUGACAGAUAAUCACUCACUUAUCUAAUUAUAAUUAUAAAUAUGGGUACGAAAUUUCACCGCACCGGGGAGGAAAGAAAAACACUCACCUGUCCCGGAGUCAUCGCACUUCCGACACCAAAUUGUUAGAUUUCAUGUAUCUCAGGAAUCUCAGAUUAUGCUUUAUACCUGUCAGAUCGUCCGUCAUGCCUUCCAGCCUGUUUUACCAUUAACUUCUAUUAACUUUUAGAAAGCGUGGUUUACCGUGGAGCGUUCAGGACUGGAGGGUCUAAAAUGAACACACACUGAUUUCAUGCAUGCUCAUAAAGACACCCCACUUUAUUCGUGCAACCCAUGUUUAAAAUGGGAUGUAUUUAUACACAUUGAUAACAACAGUGCGUGCACGGUUUCUACUGGUCCAGGUGUCAGACAGAUUUAAACACACAGUACAUAGUCAUAAUACAAAAUAAGUCCAGUGUCAGGGUGACACGGAAAUAUAUAAUAAUAUAAUCAAGGAUAGCAGUUGAUCACAUUAUUUAAAGAGGCAAUCAAAUGAAUACAGAGGUAAUUAAAUGAUUACAUUCAUCAUAGGUAUUUGAUAGCAGUUCAUAAUAUAAGAGAAUAUAUGGUAUAAGAGAAUUUCCUUUCAUGCACUUUGUGUCAUGCUGGAACAGUGUUUGGGAUUCUUAGUUCCAGUGAAGGGAAAGUGUAAAGAUACAGCAUACAGAGAUGUUCUAUACAUUUGUGUGUGCUUCCAUAUACCACAUAAAGGUGCACAUACUUCCUGCCAUAUAGUGUAUAUCAGGGAUAUUUCAAAAUUCACUUAGGCCAUUAGAUUUUAACUAUUUAGAAAAAGUCACAACCCUAACAAACAAUUAGCUAACAAUCACAUAUAGAACAACUGAAGAGGUGAGCAUCAGUAAAAUCCAAAUAUAGAAUAAAAAUAUUUUUUAUAGAAUGUGAGCAGUAGUGUAGUGCAAAUGCAAAUGUAACUGAAAUUACCCUCUGAAGGAGCAGACAAAUCCUGAUUAACCACAUGCAUACUGUACAAUUGGUGCAAUACCAUUUUUCAAACAGGAAUUAACUCAACGAACAACUUCUUACAGGAGUGACCUGACUGAUGGAUUUAUAAGCACAAGCAAAAACUAAAUCUUGUGUAUAGCAUAAUAUUAAAAAAAACUGAAUUUACACUGAUCAGUAAAUGCUGACAAAAGUAAAUAGUUGUUUACUAUAAGAACCAUGGGCUCUCAUUAAUAUAGAUGUACAUUUAAGAAGACUCACUAACGUGAACUUCAAUUAACUGGCUUCAACUUUUUUAAUUGCAGGACUUAUUUAAGUUACACACCAGUUUAACAUUUUAUGAAAUGCAGUCAGUUCAUAUUAAUGGCCUAUGAGAAAGUGAUUCAAAAACUAAUCCAGAAAUGAACACAAAUAAAACUAGCCUUUUAAUUAGGAUAAAAGAAAAGGUUCCUUUAUAAGAGGAGGAAGAAUUGUGUCUAUGGUAGUCAACGUGCUGUGAUGGCUGAAUUGCAUUACUGUAGGAGUUAGAGCACACUCUGCUUAGGAAGCUCUCCUCCACUGUUGAGCUUUUUCUUUGUCUUUGGAGUUGUGUGGGCAUGGCUAAAUGUAAGUGAGAUGCAAAAAAUGCAAGUUUUAUUUUUCUCUCAAAAAAUGGAGAAGCAGGCCUCAUGGUGAAAAUGUUUGAAUUAAUACAUUUAAGCCAUAACUGUUUUUGAAUACUAAAGAUAAAUUAACAAACUAGCUAGCAUUUUUGUCAGCAUUUAUUCUGAAUAUUUAUAGAUGUUAUGUACUGAUAGCCAGCUAAUGCUUAGGUGUGUUCUUGUAAGCUAAUUGUAGUUAGCUGAUUAGAAUUAGCUAGGUUAGUAAACAUUAGUUUCAUAGCUAUUGUUAAUGUUGACCAACAUCUUGUAUAAUGUUUUUGUAGUUGAAUGUUUACCUUUGUUACUUCUUCAGCUUUGCAGUGUUCAUUUCCUGUUCUGCAAGAAAGCUAUAUUUACUGCUGUGGUUACAUCCUGUGUUCAAAAUUGAUGUGGGCAAGAUGAAAAAAAGAGAAAGUUUCAAAGACAGAGCAAGGUGGUGAAUAACAAUGCUUUCUUAACUGUAAAUCAGGUCAGAAAUAAAACACUUUAUAAUUGUAAGGAAGUUGUAUGUAUGGCAUAAUCAUAGUGUAAAUAUUAAAUUGUAUUUUACUUCUUUAAAAUUUUGUUUUUCUUUAUAUUUUAUUUAAUUAUAUGUUUUUAUUUAUCAGGACCUAAAUAACAAUGUGCGGUCCUCAACAACUUGUAAAACCAAACAAAGGACCUCAGGUGCCAAUAAAAAGCAUGACAGAUUUCAA